GUGUAAACCAUAUAUGUCCAUAAUGUGAACAUCAGCUAGCAGCUCCUGCAGAUGUUACAUCCGCAUUUAACGAUGAUCAAACACGUUUCAACAGUGUUUACACUUGAACCGGACACGUCGUGAGCUCCCGGAGCUUCGGUGGUAUGCACGGCUGUGAUUUUCACCCCGCUGACGCGCUCCUGAGGCGGGCUGAGGAUUAACCGUUAGCCGUUAGCAGCGACCGCUGGUUCCGAUGGACGAGCUGCCGCAGCUCCCACCUGAAGUUUGGGUCACCGUGUUCAGCUACCUGAACACGGAGGAGAAGCACACGGUCCGGGCCGGCUGCAGGCACCUCAAGAGGCUCAUAGACCACCCGUCGCUGUGGAGGGACUACACGGUGGUGCUGUCCGACCUCCGCCGCUACACCUACGGCUUCUGGGACACCCUGCGCCACCGCAAGCUCACCCGGGUGGCGGUGCGACACCUGCGGCGUAAAGAGUGGCGGCGGCUCGUCAAGUUCCUGCCCUCUCUCACCGCCAUCGUGUUCGUGGACGGAGGGCGGCUGUACAAGGAGAAAUACCUGGACAACCUGUCCCGGUUCCCGGACUUGAGGGACCUCGGGGUGCGGAACGCCACCUGGGAUGAGCCGAUGCUCGGGAGGAGUCUGAGCGCGCAGCUGCAGGAGAGGCUGACUCACCUGAGCGUGUGUAACGUGCGGCUGCCGUGCACGGUGGAGUUCAUCAACACCGUGUCACACCUGGUCAACCUGCGAUACCUGCUCUUCCAUCAGCAGGGGGAGGGCUACGGGCUGGACACGGUGAGGCCGGUGCCCUGCGGAGUCUUCCACAACCUGAUGCUGAACCUGAAGAAGCUGAAGCACCUGUCCUGGGGGAUGAGGGGGGAGCCGCCGGAGCCGCUGCCCGACGACUACCUCAGCCCCCCGGACCCGGAUCACCCAGGAGCGGCCCGGUACGGCGGCCCGGCGCUGACCAGUCUGGAGCUGGUGGAUUACCCAGAAACCAUCCUGCCAGAGAACGCUCUGAGGAGCCUGACGUCGCUCAGGUCGCUGACUGUCCGCUACAGGUACAUCAGAGAGGGCAUCGAGUGUCGCCUCACUACCUGGCUGAGUCCUCUCCAACAGCUGGAGACGCUCACCAUCAUCGGUGAGCUUUUCCUGUGUUUGAUGAAGUUGUUGGUUUUGCCUCCAUCAGGUGGUAACUCUCUCGCCACCUACACGACCACCAUCCCGUCCAGCGUCACCAGACUGACGCUGCGCGUGGCCAUAACUCUCAAAGACAUGGACUCCAUCGCUCCUAAAGUCCCAGCGCUUGAGCACCUCGACAUCGAGCAGAACCGCUCCAGCGGCAGCCUCUGCAGACGGAUCCCCAUGCUGUUUCCUCAGCUCAGGACGCUCCGGAUACGCUUUUUCCGCAGAGAACCAGAGAAGGACCUGCUGAGCCUCCACCGGCUGCGACACCUGGUGCAGCUGGAGCUGCUGGUGGAGCGCUCGUUCAUCCUGAGAGAUUACCUGAACGGGCACCCCUGGCCCAGCCCCUGCGUACAGGAGCUCAUCAACCAGCUACGAGAGCUGUCCGAGAACAGGAUCACCGUCAUCACGACGAUGCGCCAGAGAAACCCGCUACGGGAGUGCGACUGUGUGUGGGAGGGCGACUGAAGAGCGGAAAUAAACCGUGGAGUCGAUUCCGCCUGAAGAAGAAGACGGGACGCCACCAGAGUAGGGAACAGAAGGUUGAAAUAAAAGGUUUUCAAAUGAGGCGUACUGAAAGUCUUCAAAAUCAUAGGUCAUGACAGCAAAAAUCAGACCAAUCGCUGUCAUCUUUUUGGCUCGAGACCCCUGAAAAUGAAGCGCUUGAAGCCAGCAGUGAGCCCUGAUUUCAGGGUGCAUGUGAGUUGUGAGCAACUCAGUAAAAAUAGGAGACGACUCAGCUCUGACUGUUGAGUCAAAGUAAAUUCCUCUCUUAAAAAGUAAUAUUUGAGUUUCAAAUACAAGCACCAGCAGAUAAAAGAUUUUGCUAAUAAAAAUCCCAAUAAGUAACACUAAGAGUGUUAUUACCUGUAAAGCUCUGACCGUAAAUCGAGCAAAACAAAGUCCUUUAUCAUCCCUCUGAUUGUAUGGACUUUAAAUGUGAAGCAUCUGCAGGAAGUUUCACUGAUGAUGUUUAACGAUGGUCGAGAAAACCCAAAAAGUGGAAAGACUGACAUAAAGUGUUGAAUCAAGCAAGAAUUUGUGAAUGUCGCACUGAUGAAAGUAAGGCAUGUAACAUGUACAUUAUACUGAAUAAAUCAUUCAGGACAUACAGAGUUUAAAUUAAGGUUUAAAUAAAACUCAGUAAAACCUGAGUUAGUCGUCGGGAGAUCAGGGCAGCACUUUGUAUUUUUUUGCAUCAUGUUUCUGCAGUUUCAGGUUGGAGCUUUUUUUUUAAAAAUCCAUAAACUUUGUUUUAAUUGUUUCUGUUUAGUUUAAUUAGUUUCUGGAUGUUUGAAGCUCUGUGAAUUCACAUUUUACAUAAAAACUGAAUCAGAUGAGUGUAACUGAGCGCACAGCCAACUGACCCCCCCAAAGAAUCAAUGAAGGCACUUUGAUUGUUACAAUAUUUCAGGAGACGUUUUUGGAUUCUUUUUUAUUUAUGUUUAAAAUAAUUUAAUUGUCGCUUAUUGUCUUGUUCUGACAGAUUUCUAUGUUAAAAUAACUGACUCUACAGCAAAAAUAAAAAUGUUUACAGCCUGGUACAAAAACAGUUUUGGUCUCUAUAGCUAAUUUCCCAAAUUUACCUGUAAGGGGGGUGAAUUGUUUUAUAAUUCACCUGUUUAAAUGUUAUUGAGGCUUAAAGUUAGGCAUAAUUAAAAGCAUGUCUGUUUUGAUAAACUGUUUUCAGGGCAGAGCUGUAACUGUCCUUAUUUCAUUAAAGUUAACUGUUACGUUUUGGUCGCCUAAAAAUUCUUGUUCAGCUUUCGGUUGUACUAAAAGACGCUUUAAAGAGUGGGAGAUUUUCCAAUGAUGUCAAUUAUUUUUGUUCUCAAAAUGAUAUAAUUAUGACAGAAAUUCACAAACACCUUUAAGAUGGAGUAUUAAUCACUGUGGGAAAAUUGUACAGUUAUAAUUAAAACUGCACGACCAACAAAACAUUUACAAUUAUUUCAGUGAUGCAAACUGAAAAAGUACAGUGCAUUCAAGGGCGGCAGCUAAAAAUCAUUAUUUUUACCCUCCAUAACUCUGCCAAGUGUUCUUUUAAAUAAUCUCUCCGUGUGAUUUCUUAAAGCUCCAAUCUUUGUCUUCAAAUUUCUUGUUUUGUUCAACCAACAGUCCAAAAUAAACAAAACAAAAAAUAACUUCAUUUUGAUAUAAAACGUGAGAAACACAAAAAGUGAUCUUGAAGAGGCUCGAGCUAACAAGAAGUGGAUGUCUUUCAAGAAUGUCACAAUAAUUUUUGCGUUAUCUCUAAAACUACGGGACAAAGGUCAAUUGUGUAGAGAGUGUUUACUGUCAGGUUAACAUGAAUGAUUGAUAUUCUGGUAUUGAUCCAGAGUCUGCUUAUUGAUUAUGAUCCUGUAAAUUAGCGACCCUUUUUUUUGUUUGCAAAUGUUUCCGUUUUAUUUCAUUAGUUUUGACUAAAGUAGUUGAGACUCACACUGCUCUGCCAGCUGCUCUGCACAUUUUCUUCUGCUGAAAGACUUGAGUGAUUUUUGUUUUAAAGUGGAAACAGACACUUUUUUUUGCUUUAACUUAUCAUCAUGAAAUAAAUUUAACAGCUAUUGAUUAAUGACACAAUCAGCAGUUAGAUUUAUUCCCUAUAAGCAUAACUUUCACUGUGUACUCUGUCCGCCACCGCAUUCAAUUUCCCAAGAAAAUGAAAGCAGUCAAAACAGGAAGAGGACAGCACUUAAGUUUGUCCGCAGAAACUACUGGAAGCAAUCCCCAAUCACCAAAGAAAAUUAAUGCAAGUUCUUUGCAGUUACUAUUCCCAGUAAUAGCGGAAAUGACGCACGGUGUAAAACACAAGUAACUGUGGAAACUGUGGUCGUUACUCGGCUCUGAGGAAUACAGAAAAUAACCCUGUUGUCUUUGCGACAACAAUAAAACCACUUAGAAACGUGGUGGAAAAAUGUAAAAAGUUGUCUGUUCCACUUUAUCUUUACAGUUGUGUAAAAUACUGUAUAGUAUUUACAAUUACAGUGGCUCUGAAUAAAAAGAGAAC